AUGGCUGCGGACAGUGAGACGAAAGCUCAAGAUGUGCAGAGCAACGGCACAGAAGCUCAGAGCAAUGGAGUAGAACAGCACGAGGCUCAGGAUGGCCAGCAGGUUGAGCAAGAGCAGGAGCAACCAGUCGAGAAUGUCUUCCAGCUCACCAUCCACCUACCUCAUGCUCCUGGACAAUGCCAAAUCAUGGUCAGCCACCUCGAGCAAGUCCAAGACAUCCGCCAAUCCAUCAUCGACCUCCCCUUCACCUUCCAGUACACGUGCUUCCACCUCGAGCACAAGGGCAAGCGCAUCAAUGACUUUGUCGAGCUCUCCGAAGUGCCCGACAUUCAGCAAGACCCAGAGCUCCACCUCGUCGAAGAUCCUUACACCGAGACACAGGCCCGCAUGCACUUUGUGCGCGUCCGCGAAUUGAUUGGCGCAUCUGGUGACCGUACCGACCUGUUGCACGGUAUUGAUGCCGGUCUCUCGCUACACGACCACAUUAUCAAGCCUACCCCCGCCGACCAGCCCGAGGCUCCUGCUAGCGAGCAUGCCAUGGUUGACUACGACCUUGACGCCCGCGGUUCCGUAAAGACUCUUCUUUCGCCUUCGCCGGCAAACGCUCCCAAGACUGGUCACCUCAUGUACCUGCUCGUUACUACUCUCGAGGGCGAGCAGUUCCACAUCACCUCGCACGUCUCUGGUUUCUUCGUCAACAAGUCGACAAACAACAAGUUCGAUCCUUUCCCUCGUACCGCCCCCAAGCCUCACUCUGCACACUCGCUCCUCACUCUGUUUGGCCAGAUCUCGCCCUCCCCAUGGGUUGUUUCGCCAAACUCGGCCUCUUUGACAAGUCACGUUGCCGAUGCUGCUCGUACUCAGGAGAGUUACCUCCUUGCUGGUCCUGAGAAUGCAGAGACUCUUCGCGACUGGAACGAAGAAUUCCAGUCGACCCGCGAGCUUCCCAAGGAGAACGUUCAGGAUCGUGUUUUCAGAGAGAGACUUACCGCAAAACUCUUCGCCGAAUACAACGAGGCUGCUGUCAGAGGUGCCGUCCUUGUUGCUCGUGGUGAGGUUGCUCCUCUCAACCCUACCGAGCCUCGCGACGCUCAGAUCUUUGUUUACAACAAUGUCUUCUACUCAUUUGGCGCCGACGGCGCUGCUCGUGUUGCUACUGGUAAGGAUAUCAUGGGUGUCAAGGCUACUAACCAGCUCGAUAUCUCUGGCAUCUUCACCCCUGGAACUGUUGUUGUCGACUACCUUGGCAAGCGUCUCGUCGGCCAAAGUAUUGUACCAGGUAUCUUCAAGCAAAGAGAGCCUGGUGAGCAUCAGAUCGACUAUGGCGGUGUUGAGGGUAGAGAUGUCAUCGCCGAGAACGACGACUUCAAGCAGCCAUUCGCUGAGCUCAGCAAGGCUUUGCGUGUAAAGAGCCACCCUGUGUGGGACAAGGAGAACAAGAGACACGAUCUCGAGGCUAGUGUUGAGACCAAGGGCUUGCUCGGAACUGACGGCAGAAAGUACAUUCUCGACUUGUACCGCAUUACCCCUCUGGAUGUUGCUUGGCUCGAAAAGUACCGCAAGGACAACUCUAGUGAUGAUGACAACUACCCUCACAGAAUGGCUGUCCUUCGCCCUGAACUGGUUGAAUCGUACUGGAGACUCAAGCUUCGCGAGUAUGUUCAGGCCGAGGUCCAAAAGCGUCGUGAAGCCAAGAAGGAGGCUGCUCCCGAGAGCGAGACUGAAGGUGCCGAGAAGAAGGAGCCCGAACAAGAGCGUGUUGAUGUUUCUGGAUUCUCGUUCAGUCUCAACCCCGACGUUUUCUGUGGUCAGCGUCCUCAGACUGAGGAAGAGAAGGAGGAAUGGUCCAAGGAUGAAGUCGAGGUUCGCGCAGCUUGCAAGUACCUCUCAGAGGAAAUCAUUCCCAAGAUGAUUUCGGACUUGCAGGAUGGUGACGUUGGCUUCCCCAUGGACGGUCAAUCACUAACCAACUUGCUUCACAAGCGUGGUAUUAACAUGAGAUACCUCGGAGAGGUUGCCCGUCUUGCUGACAAGCCCGAACAACCUCGUCUGCAGGCACUCAAGCAGCUCGCAAUUCAGGAAAUGAUUGCCAGAGCAUUCAAGCACACUUCCAGCAAAUACCUCAGAUACCAAUCACCACCAUUCGUUCAGGCUUGCAUUGCUCACUUGCUAAACUGCUUGUUGGGCGCCGAACUCAACGCCAAGCCUACAGCAGAGACUGACGCAUCCCUCAAAUCUCUGUACCCCGAGGAGGACUUCUCCUUCGAGGCCGCCACACCUGAGUCCAUCAAGGCGGACAUCGUCAGCGAGAUCAAGAAGCGUUACAGAUUCGACCUCGGUGAUGCUUGGGUGCAAUCUGGUAAGCAGGUGCAGCUCCUCCGUGAGGUUUGUCUCAAGCAGGGUCUCCAACUGCAAGCCAAGCAGUACGGUUUCACCAAGGAUGAUGCCCCUGCCCCAGCUCCUGUGCAGGCCCCUGCACCUGCCACCAAUGGAAGCUCUGGUGGAAAGAAGAGAAAGAACAAGAACAACCCUGAGCGCUCGCCAGCACCUGUUGCUGCUCCCUCCGCUCCUACCCAGACCUUCCAUCCCGAUGAUGUUCUCAACGUUGUUCCCAUCAUCAAGGAUGCAGCACCACGCAGUGUCUUGGCCGAGGAGGCUCUCGAGGCCGGUCGUAUCUCGCUCUCGCAGGACCAGAAGGAGCUUGGCCAAGAGCUGCUCCUCGAGUCUCUCUCCCUGCACGAGCAAAUUUACGGCAUCCUGCACCCCGAGGUUGCUCGCGUCUACUACGCCUUGUCCACCAUCUACUACGGUCUCGACGAGAAGACUGCCGCUGUUGAGCUUGCUCGCAAGGCAGCCAUCAUCUCCGAACGUACUCUUGGUCUUGACCAUUCCGAGACUGUUCUAAGUUACCUCAACUUGAGUUUGUUCGAGCACGCAAGUGGCAACACCAAGAAUGCCCUUGCCUACAUUCGCCAUGCUCUUGACCUGUGGAAGGUCGUCUAUGGUACCAAGCACCCCGACUCCAUCACCACCAUCAACAACGCUGCCGUCAUGUUGCAGAGCAUGAAGCAGUACCAUGAGUCUCGCCUCUGGUUCGAAUCUUCCCUCGCUAUGUCGGAGGAGGUUUCUGGCAAGACAUCUGUCAGCACCGCUACCUUGCUGUUCCAGCUCGCUCAAGCAUUCGCUCUUGACCGCGACUACAAGAGCGCUGUCAACCGCAUGCGUGAGGCCUUCAACAUCUUCAAGAACGAGCUUGGUCCCGAUGACCGUAACACCAAGGAGGCAGAGACAUGGCUUGAGCAGCUCACUCAAAGUGCUGUGUCGCUCGCAAAGCAUGCCAAGGUACUCCAGGACAAGAAGAUUAUGCUAAGACCCAAGGCUCCCAUGGUUGGUAGAGGUGCUAGACCCCAGCCCUCGAUCGGCCAGAGCAUUGAAGAGGCUGCUGCCCCUAGAGCUGCCGAUGGCACCAAUGACAACAGAAGUGUCGAUGAGCUUUUGAAGUAUAUCAACGGCGACGGUAGCAAGACUACACCAAAGAAGAAACAGACCAACCCCAAGAGAAGACAGGGAAGAUCCUAG